UUAUCAGUACUAAAGGGGACUGUCAAGUUGACAACACAAAUGCCAAAACUUAUCGAAGAGACGACUCGGGGUAUUUAACUCUGAGGCUUCAUUCCGGUUAGAAGUAAAAGUAGAUAGGUUUUGAAAGUUUGUAGUACGUAGAUCUUAUAGGGAUUAGUUGUAAGACCACAAAUGGAUCCGCCAUUUCAUCCUUGCGACGAAGCUGUGAUCGCUACCAACGAUGACGCAAGUGACUGCAAACGCAGCGCUGUUCGUUUAGGAUACUGGAAGGAUGAAUAUAUUGGAUACUUUGUUCGAAACCAGGAUCGAAAAGCACCCGAAAUAAAUCGAGGAUACUUUGCUAGAGUUAAGGGCGUAGAGAUGUGCGUGGAGAAGUUCCUUAAGAAAACGAAUGACAAAUGCCAGAUUAUUAACUUGGGAUGCGGUUUUGAUACACUCUAUUGGCGUUUGAGAGAUACAUCGCACAACGUGACGAAUUUUUUAGAGUUGGAUUUUCCAACGGUUACUGCUCGCAAAUGUUAUAUGAUCAAACGCAACAAAACUUUACUGGGAAGGAUACACGUGGAAGAUGGUGAAGUACGGUUGAGUCCGACUGAUUUACAUGCCCCAAACUACCACAUAAUGGGCGUGGAUCUACGUAAUAUCGAAGAAGUUGAAAAUAAACUACAGCAGGCUGAAGUUGAUUUUAAGAUGCCCACAAUACUUUUAGCUGAAUGCGUCUUAGUAUAUAUUGAACCACAAAACUCGCAAAACCUACUAAAGUGGUUGGCGAGAAGAUUCGAGUCAGCUGUGUUGGUUAAUUAUGAACAGGUGAACAUGAAUGAUAGGUUUGGCGAAGUAAUGUUAAGUAAUCUUAGAGCACGCGGUUGUAGUUUAGCUGGUGUGGAUGCUUGCAAAUCAUUAGAUACACAAAUAUCUAGAUUUCUGGAGUGCGGUUGGCAUGGAUGCAGAGCAUGGGAUAUGGUACAAGUCUAUCAGAGCUUAUUACCAUCAGAAAGGCAACGAAUUGAACGAAUUGAGAUGUUGGAUGAGACUGAACUUUUAACACAGCUAUUCCAGCAUUACUGUUUGGUGAUAGCCUGGGUCGGUGAACUAUUUCAGGAUAUUGAAAUAACAGUGGAAAAACGGAUGUCUUCUCUCAACAUCGAAUAGAAGCACCCAUGAAGAAGAAUUAAAAUAACAAUUUCUUACCGCCUAAGAAUAUUCUUAUCCAUUAUUUUUCCCUGUCGAUGUUGUAUAUUUAUAUAGUAACUUAAAUGAAACAGCGGAUGAUAUGAUAUACAAAAUAUAAGUACCAAGAAUAAAUUUCAAAGAGACAAAGGCUCUUUAAUCCAAGAAAUGAAACAAUAAAUAAAUUAUUAAACUUGCUCGAAAUCGAAGUGUUAAAUUGAUAACUCAAUGGAGAUAUGUACGUAUGAAUCCUGAUAAAUUUGAAGAUGUGCUUCGUGAGUUCAAUUUCUACUUUUUUCAUCUGAAUCACUUACCACAAAUUAUAUUAAAACACCGCGAGUUCAUUAUAAACAUGGGUGAAAUUUUACAUUCGUAACUCAACAGUUAUUUUUUCAGAGUCUACAAUAACUAAAUGUAUUUCGUUCUCAAAUCAUGCUCAAUUUUGUUAUUGAUUUCUAUCCAAAAAUUCACAAAGUCUAUACGUAAGCAUAUUUUUACAUUCUUUUCUAAAAAUCUUCUAAAAGAAAAUGUCUUGAAUAAAAAUGAAAUAUUUUAAAAUAUC